GGAGGGGUGUAGAUUGGAUGAUAAGUGAAAGGAGCACCUAGAAGAAGGUGGAGUGCUGGUGCCCCUGGGAGAAGUUGGGUCAGGAUGGAAUUGCUGUGCAGUAGUCUGGAGAAGAGGGCGGAGAAGGUCCAGAAAGAGAUUGAGGUCAGCCUGGCUGGAGAGCAGCUCAGGCUGCGUCUGCACAAUUCAAAGCAGAUCCGAAACCGCAUCAACAACAUGUUCACCUACCCAUGCUCCUUUACGGCAAAGGAUGUUGUCACUUGGCUGAUCGACUACAAGGAGGCUCCAGACAGGGAGACUGCCAUCAAUAUAAUGCAGAAGUUCAUGGAACACAACAUCAUUCAUCAUGUAUGUGACCAGCACUCCACCUUUAAAGAUACCAAAUUGCUGUACCGCUUCCGAAACGAUGACGGCACUUUAUCGCCAACCACAGAGUCGAGGAUUAUGAGCCGAAGCAAGCGGAUUUUUGAGAUGAUGAUGACCCAGGAAGAUUCCAUUCUGAAGGUGCGGGAGGAGGGCUCGAAGAGGUACAGGAGGACGUUUCUUGGCUCCCAGAUGUUGGACUGGCUGAUGAAACAUUCUUUGGUGAACGGGAGACUUGAUGGAGAAACGCUGUGCCGUGGCAUGUUGGAACAAGGGAUCAUUCAGCCUGUGAGUGGUCACUAUCACUUCUCGGACUCCAAUCGGGUGUACCAGUUCUGUAUUAAUUUCCGCCGUCGCAGGAAGCUGAUCGAGGUCCUGAACGAGACCAAGCCGUGGCUGGAGCCCAUGCAGGAAUCCCCGGACAGCCCCUUCUGUCUGCGCAAACUUGGGGCAGAACUCCCUCAAGGCAGCUUUGUGUGUGCGGGCGAUCCACAGCCUGAGCCUCCGCCUCUGCCAAAAAGACCCAGCUGUAUGGUGUCGGAGUUCUACAGUCUUUGUUCACCCCCCAAAGCUGCCACGUCACUCCCUUCAGUGCUGAAGAAGCCGGUGACACUGGAGGAGCUGUUGGCACCAGACGCACCAUAUGUUAGGAAGACGCUGAGUAUCAAUAGCGAUGCUGUUGGCUGGGGUUUUAUAGUUCGUGGAACGGGUCCAUGUCAUAUCCAGGCAGUCGAUCCUACAGGACCAGCUGCUGCUUCUGGAGCCAAGGUACGCCAGUUUAUCGUAACGGUUAAUGAGAUCGACUGUCUCGACCUGGACUACCGGACCAUCUACAACCAUAUUAUUUCCGGUCCAAAGAAGCUCAUCCUUGAGGUUCUGGAGCCCAUCGACUGACGUGAAAGCUUCUCCUGGAUAAUCUCUAUCAAUGUACCUUUCUUGAAUGUUCUGUUUUUAUCUAAUCUGAAAUUCACCAAAUGGCAGAAAUAAAGUUUUCCACCUUUCUAUAUAA